GCCGAUGUGAGCUUGAGCGUCCCCCUUUAGACUCCCCAGUUCGAUUCCAUGAGUACCCCGGUGCAGCUUAGCAAGAGGGUCCAGGAUUUUUGGAUCCCCAGCCCUCUGACAAGGCUUCCAGUUCAGUUCUCCCCUCCCAGGAUUUCGACUCAAUUCAGCGAAGUCACCGCCCCGUCUGAGAAAUGAGAACACCAAGGCUCAGAGCACAGCCCAGAGGCACCAUCUGCCAGACCCCGUCCCCUCCCCCGGCUCCUCUAGGCCUGGGCAGAAUGGCCGCAUUCCGGUCUGGUCUUCUGGUGCUGACGACGCCGCUGGCCUCCCUGGCCCCUCGCCUGGCCCCCAUCCUGACCUCGGCGGCCGGGCUGGUGAAUGACACACUCUAUGUACACCUGCAGCCGGGCAUGAGCCUGGAGGGCCCGGCUCAGCCCCAGUCCACCCCCGUGCAGGCCACGUUUGAGGUUCUCGAUUUCAUCACGCACCUCUAUGCUGGCGCCGACGUCCACAGGCACCUGGACGUCAGAAUCCUACUGACCAAUAUCCGGACCAAGAGCACCUUUCUCCCUCUCCUGCCCACCUCAGUCCAGAAUCUCUCCCACCCGCCAGAAGUUGUGUUGACAGACUUCCAGACCCUGGAUGGAAGCCAGUACAACCCGGUCAAGGAGCAGCUAGUGCGUUAUGCCACCAGCUGUUACAGCUGUUGUCCGCGACUGGCAUCGGUGCUGCUAUACCCCGAUUAUGGGACAGGAGAAGUGCCCGUGGAGCCCCUUGAUGUUCCCUUACCCUCCACGAUCAGGCCAGCUUCCCCCGUGGCCAGGUCUCCAAAGCAGCCGGUGCGUGGCUACUACCGUGGCGCUGUGGGUGGCACGUUCGACCGCCUGCACAAUGCCCACAAGGUGUUGCUCAGUGUCGCGUGCGUCCUGGCCCAGGAGCAGCUUGUGGUGGGAGUAGCAGACAAAGAUCUGUUGAAGAGCAAGUUGCUCCCUGAGCUGCUCCAACCUUACACAGAACGCGUGGAACAUCUGAGUGAGUUCCUGGUGGAUGUCAAGCCCUCCUUGACUUUUGAUGUCAUUCCCCUGCUGGACCCCUAUGGGCCUGCUGGCUCUGACCCCUCCCUGGAGUUCCUGGUGGUCAGCGAGGAGACGUAUCGUGGGGGGAUGGCCGUCAACCGCUUCCGCCUGGAGAAUGACCUGGAGGAGCUUGCCUUGUACCAGAUCCAGCUGCUGAAGGACGUAGGACAUAUGGAGAAUGAAGAGGACAAAGUCAGCUCCUCCAGCUUCCGUCAGCGAAUGCUGGGAAACCUGCUUCAGCCUCCAUAUGAGAGGCCAGAUCUCCCCCGGAGUCUCUAUGUGAUUGGGCUGACUGGCAUCAGUGGCUCUGGGAAAAGCUCAAUAGCUCAGCGGCUGAAAGGCCUGGGGGCGUUUAUCAUUGACAGUGACCACCUGGGUCAUCGGGCCUAUGCCCCAGGUGGCCCUGCCUACCAGCCCGUGGUGGAGGCCUUUGGAACAGAUAUUCUCCAUAAAGAUGGCACCAUCAACAGGAAGGUCCUAGGCAGCCGGGUGUUUGGGAACAAGAAGCAGCUGAAGAUCCUCACGGACAUUAUGUGGCCAAUUAUCGCAAAGCUGGCUCGAGAGGAGAUGGAUCGGGCUGUGACUGAGGGAAAGCAUGUGUGUGUGAUUGAUGCUGCUAUGCUGCUUGAAGCCGGCUGGCAGAACCUGGUCCAUGAGGUGUGGACUGUUGUCAUCCCUGAGACUGAGGCCGUAAGACGCAUUGUGGAGAGGGAUGGCCUGAGUGAUGCCGCGGCUCAAAGCCGGCUGCAGAGCCAGAUGAGCGGGCAGCAGCUUGUGGAACAGAGCCACGUGGUGCUCAGCACCUUGUGGGAGCCACAUAUCACCCAGCGUCAGGUGGAGAAAGCCUGGGCCCUUCUGCAGAAGCGCCUUCCCAAGACUCAUCAAGGCCUCAACUGAAAAGGGGUUCUCAGUGGGGCCAGAUUGGCCCCUGGAGCUGACAAGCGACUGGGCGGUGAGGAGAAAUGGGGGCCUUGAUGCUCACCCUGGUUCAUGCCCAGAGGUCAAAGCUACGCUGUGUGGGACAUGGCCAAGCCUGGUGGACACAGGAGGCCUACACAGCACACUGGUAUCUGGCCAACAUUGAGGAUGUGGUUUGUGGGGGAAGCAGGCCCCUCCCCACUCUUGCCUAUGGGUGUCUGUGAUACCCACAGCUGACUAGGGUUGGGGCAAGUACUGGAACCUGUAACAGAAAUAAAGUGUAUGUUCCCAGG